GAGUGUGUGUCUGUCUGUCUGUCUGUGUGUCUGUCUGUGCUCUCCGCUGUCUGCGACCUUCGCAACAUUGUGGUCCGUGGCCUCGGGGUUUGAGGAUGAGGAUUGGAGCCAUAUCCCCUGUAGUAAUGUUCAACUGGCACCUGCCUGUGCUUAUCUUCGGGCUAUCAGAGUGCAUUGGCAAAUCUAUAUCACAAACCGGACAAAAUGAAGGAAAAGCAUUUAUUAAAGAAAAGGAAGCUCAGAGUUUCCUUGGAAGGCGGAUCCUGUAUAAUCGCUGGGACUUUGAAAUAUUUACACAAGGAAAUCUCGAAAGGGAGUGUUUUGAAGAAAUAUGCAGCUUUGAAGAGGCACAAGAAGUUUUUGAGGAUGAUAAGAAAACUAAACUCUUUUGGAAAGAAUACACAACAAAGGGUCCCUAUGCUAAGCCAGGUAUUUCAACUGAUAUCACCACGAUUGUUACAGCAUUUUUUACCACAGCAGUAUUCAUAGUUAUAGUGGGACUGUUGGCUUGGUGUUACUGUAAGCGAAGAUACAAAGACCGAAGUAGCACAGGAGGAACUGAAGAUGUCCCUGCAGAUCCUGUACCCUUUACGUCGGUUGAAGAGCCAGGAUUACCCUCGUAUGAGCAGGCACUCCAAACCACUGGACAAUAUGAUGGACCUCCACCACCUUACCAGCCUGGAUCUUUCGGUCGCUGUAAAACCCAAAGCUCUCGAUAACGGACAGACGAGUUUGUAAUAGAAACGUAACACCAGCAGCACACUUAAACUUCAACGUAUUAAAUCACCUGCACUUUGGUCUCCCCCAAUGGACUAAUGGCUAAAAGCAUCACCAUAGCACUGAGCCAUACAGACUGGUUGCAGAUACAGUUUUUGGCCUGGGCUGAAGUAAGUCUCAGCCAACGCAGCGAAUGGGGUGCUGCAAUUAGCUUUAGCGCUCCUGAGAUUAGGACAGGAGUAAAAUAAUCAGCACUGGUUUCUGUUCUUGAUUGCUAUCCAGUGAACCCCCUGGUCAAAAUGUGGACUUCGACCGAUCAGGCUGGGCUGCGAUUCCCUCCACAGUCAAGUGUUGUGUCAAAUGCUCACGGAUUAGGCUCACGUGAAGAAUGGCAAAACUACAUGUAAGAAAAAAAACUUAAUUUUGCAAAAUAACGUAAUGCUAACUUUCUUUCUACAUAUGCUCUGUUUGUCUGUAAAUUCACAAUUUAAUAGGAAUUUGCAAUGACAUGAUGGAAAUAAUCAGGCGUCGAUUGCAGAAAUAUCGCACUUCACUUAAAAUUUGAUAGUUUAAUUUUGAAUUUGGUAUUUUAAAACCCUGUAAUAUGAAUUAUUUCGCUAAUUUUUCAGAUUUUGGGGGUUUCUCAUUGUGAACUGAUUAAAGAUCUUUCACCAGCUUGCCAGAAUACAAACCUCAGAUCUGAUUGAGGUGUUUAAAAUGAUAAAAGGAUUCGAGAGGGUAGCUGCAGA